AUGGUUUUGGACCGCGCCGAGCUCCUUCAGGACCGAGGCCGCCCUUUGGUGCUUACGCUGCGCGGCAAGCUCGCCACGAGCACGAGGCGCUACAUCUACGUGGACAACAUCGGCGUUUUCGGCUCCGACGGAAGGAUCGUUGCCUCUAGGCUCGAGGACGUCUGGGCGGCCUUCGAGGCGAGGGGCCUCGCCGUGCAUGAGGUGUCCACCUCCGACUCGGGCGUGGAGGCUCUGGGCGUUCUGUUGGACGGUCGGCGGCGACGCACCGGGCUGACAUCCAAGCGGUUUUGGCGAGUGCGGGGCGCCCUGCUCGCUCUCGCUGCUCGUCGACGCGUCGCGGGCCGCCAGGUGGAGGCCGUGAUAGGCCACGCCACCUUCUGCGGUCUGGUUCGGCGCGAGACGCUCACGGUCUUCUCCACCGUGUACCCGUUCAUCAGGAGGCACUACGACGAGCCCGUCAUGCUCUGGGCCUCCGUGGAGGACGAGCUGCGCGUGUUCGCUGCUCAUGAUUAUGCUGGUCUCCAGUUGGGAGUCCGACUGGAAACCGCUCGUGAUGGCCACGGACGCCUCGGCUGCUCGCGCUGGUUCGACCCCGUGGACGUUGCCGCGGUGGGCCGCUGCAGAGAGCGGGACCGCUACUUUUCCGAGGACCACGUGGCCGCUAGGGCGGCCGCCCUGGACGGGGAGGUUGUCUCGCCCUCGCCCGAGAGCCUCGGCGUUGAGGGAUGCCUGGGCCGUGACGACCUACUCCCUGACCCUGGCUUCUCGGAGGUGCCCACUUUCAUGACCGAGCAGGCUGCCUGGACCACCUUCGGCGGGUGGAAGUUCAACCAGGCGGGCCGUGCCACUCGCAAGCGCCACGUGAGCAGCAGCGCGGCCUCAUCCGCAUCACGGCCUCGCACUUCCCGCACCCCUACGUCGACGUAUCGGCGAGGCUUGGAGGCGCUGAAGGGCCGUGCGAGUCUGGCGGACCUCUCGGGCAGCGAGGUGGUCGCGCUGCUCGAGGAGCUUCGGAGCGUGCUCGACUCCGACCCGAGGUUUGCGAACGUCUCGAGCUCGGAGUCAGAGGCGGGGGCGCCCGUCAAGCCUCCCGCCAGGCGUCGUCGGACUGCCCCUCGGACGCAGCGGAGCGCUAUGGCGAAGUUGCUGGAGUCGCCCGCCAUCCACGAGCUGUCGCGCCUGCCGAUCGGGGAGCACGCGGCGGUGAGGCCGCGCACCGAGUCUCAGUGCGCCCAGGAGAUUCAUCAGUUCAGCCGCUUCGCGGGCGUAGCCAGAGUGAUCGACGUCCCGUUGGACGACCUCGACGAUCUGCUGGUGAAGUUCAUGGGCCGCCAGAUCCGUCGGGGU